AUGGUGAAAGUGUAUCGUCCCACAAUAGACCUAACCGUCAUUUCUAUCGUGAUAUUUGGAGUCUUGUGCGUGGGUACAUAUGGCCAGAGUUACGUGGCGCGGCGGGUCCCUACCCUAGAUGACGUACUGUUUGCCCAGACCAAUGCAUUCACGGUGCCAUGUACUUCUCUAGAGGACUGUGUAAUGCUCUGUGGGGAACUGAAAUCCGGGUGUUUGUCGGUCGUGUUUCACCGGUACACCAAUUUCUGUAGAGGAUAUCCAGUCGUCUUCGACACGAUUAGUGGAACUGUUUCCAGCCUAGGGGCCGAGUUUUAUGUCAUCAAAUACGCCCCCUGUCCAUAUGACGCCGGCUACGCGAUGUACGGGGGCUUCUGUCUCCGGACUGUAACUGUCUCGGACCCAAUCACGUGGUUUGGAGUAGCCGGGCUCUGUGGAGUAGCCGGUGGUUCCCUCUUCAAUUCAAGCACCAUCGAAGGAGAAGCAUCUAUCCAAGCAUUGAUGUCAGGAUCCAGUAACAAUAUAUAUUAUUUGGGAAACGGAGACUUAGCCAGUGACCAAUGCGUGGCACUCGACACAAACACAGAUACACACAUCACUAUGUCCUGUAGCACAUACCUACAGGCAGGUGUCUGUGUCGUCUAGAUCGCGGAGCCAAAAUCACGGUCAACGAAAGAUGAAUUCUACAUACAUGUAGCUAUCCGUUGUUUUCAACCUGCGUGAUUACACUCCUUUCACUUUCCGAAUAAGUUGCUGUUGUGAGAUAAAUCCUGAAUGUGUGAUUAUCCACUAUAAUGUAAUAACAUUUAUUGUAAGAGCUCUAUUAAAUCUGGUUCUAACGUUUUUUGCCAAACAUCCUAAAAUCUUGGACAACUAGCAUCUCAUAACCACAUCUAGGUAAGCACCAUUUCAGAAACCCCAGUAAACAUAAUCUAGGAACCCUCGCCCUGGAUAUAACUGGAGGCAGCCAUCUUGAAUGAGGCAUGCUGGGUUAAAAAGUAAAGCCAAUAUAACAUCUUAUCUUUCUGUGCGUAUUGUUAAAUAUACUUUGCAUCAAACGGUACCAUACUUAUUGCACACGGAUUUUACCACACACGAUAACGUGUUUAUGAUACAUAAUACUUCAUUCGCUCGUUAAUUUAGGUGCUACAAUACUCUACUUGUUUAACUGAUAUAUAGCUUUACACGAAACUAGGCUUAUUGUACAGUAUACUUUACCUCAUAAGAUACGAACUGUGAUUAGUUUACCAGAACUUGACACCCUAUGAUUCUGUGAUGCUUGUACACGAAUUUUACCUCAUAUGAUACUGCGUUUAUUGUUCCUUCACACGAGGCUGUGCUGAUUUAGUUAUUCAGAGAUUUACCUUCACAAGUACUUUGAAGUAAAGAUCAAUUAGUUCAUUUAUUGUGUCACACUUAAGUUCUGUGUUGGUUUUACCAUAAUACUUCAGUAUGUUGUAAUCGACUUAAUCUAUUAAAAGGUGUCUGUUUUUAAUUUCAAUUGGG